CAUCGCGCAUAACGUUGUACUUGGCCAUCGUUGAUGCCAACGCCAGGAGCCCAGGUGGCCAUCAUCGGUGCCGGUUUCGCUGGUCUCUCUGCGGCAGCUGUACUCGAAAAGCACUCUGUAGAUUAUAUCGUAUACGAGGGUGCUGAUCGAAUAGGAGGACGAGUUUAUCCGGUUCCCUACGAAGAUGGUUACCUCCAACAUGGUGCUGAGUUCAUCAAUGGUAAGAAUCACGAAAUUUUUCGAAUAGCUGAGAAGAAACAACUGGCUUUACGAGAUACGAAAGACUUCGAUCUUUUCUCUGGAAACGUGCAGUAUGGCAUCAAUGGUGAACGAGUUGAAAAAGCUAUAAUCAAGACCUGGCUGGAUUUUGUCAGCGACAUUGAGCAACAAUUCGCUGAAGAAGCGGAAGAGCGUGGUGAUUUAAGCGUAGCGGAUAGAUUUCAAGAGCUUUACGAGCAAUGGAUUACGACAGAUUCUAUACUGGAAAAAGACAGGCCAAUUUUCGACCAACUUGCGCGAUUCUAUCUCACAUACUAUGAAAUAGAAUGGUCUUCACCGGCUAAAGAGCUAGCUCUUCUUAAUUUUGCCGAAUGGGAUGAUGGAAACAUUGAGGCGGCUUCCCUUAUGCUAAAGAAAAGAGGAUUCAAAGACAUAUUGGAUGAGAUUGCCGCGAAAGUUUCUGGUGACAAAAUCAAAGUGAAUUGCACAGUGGAAAGGGUGGACUAUUCAGUUGAAGGAGUGAUUCUGAAUAUAAAUAAUGGUGAAUCCCUUCGCUAUGACCACGUCAUCAUCACAUGUCCUCUCGGCUUCUUGAAGAAAAAUCAUAGCACCUUCUUUUCUCCUGCUCUGCAUUCGGCCAAGAUCAACGCCAUUACAAAGUUAGGUUUUGGCAACAUGAUGAAGGUAUUUCUGGAAUAUUCGAAACCAUGGUGGCCACUACACGUGGAUGCGAUAGCAUCACUAUCUUCUAGCAGUCCGCUUGCUGAAUCAUUUCCAGUAUUUCAACCACUCCAUUGGAACAAUAAGAUGCUCGUAGCAUGGGUAUCCGGCAACGGACCCUCAGUCGUAAGCGAGCUUGAAGAUGAGGAGCUUGCAGUUGGUAUCACCCAACAUCUGCGAGAAGCUCUUGAUAAUGUAACGAUACCACAACCGAUAAGGGUAUUUAGGCAUAACUGGAUCAAGGACCCCUUGAUUGGUGGCAGCUAUUCGUAUCUGACGCCAGAAACAGUCCAACAUGUUCCUGAUGCAUUUUCAGCGAUGUCUGAGCCUAUUACCAUAGAUAAAAAACCAAUACUGUGUUUUGCGGGGGAGCAUACACAUCCUACUAUGUACCAGACUACGAUAGGGGCCUACGAAUCCGGAGAACGAGAAGCACGACGGAUAUUACACUAUUUGAUGGAAAGAAAAGUUCCAUGAAAAGUGAAAAUAAACAAUAACAAUU